AUGAUGAUGGUGGCAUUUCCAAUCCUGCAGACUCCUCCCCAGGCGGUCGAACCUUCCCCCAUGGUCGCAAUGAAGCGGUCCCGCCUACAAGAACUCGGUGUUGGCGAGUACGCGACCUUGGACUCUCCAAAAAGGUUGGUGCAUGAUACUUCAGCAUGGCGCAACCUGCCCAAUCCAAUGGGGGCCGCGAAUUGGUUCAGUCUCCUGACAAUGCUAUGGAUGGAUCCUCUGAUCCAUCUCGGGGCAAAGAGACCGUUACAAGAACAAGACGUGUGGCAGCUGUGCCCGCAAGACACUGCUGCGCACUUAAAUCAAACGUUCCAGUCACAUUGGGGACAUGAAGUCCGCUCCCAAACACAUCCAAACUACACGCGGGCGCUGUGGCGGACGCUGCAGUUUAAAACGCUGUGGACCACGGCCUUGUACGGGUUCUGCUCUGCCUUGUCGCUUCUACAGCCCGUUGUGAUCAAGUUCCUCUUGGAGUUCCUGCAAGCCUCCCCCUUCGCCGACAACCAGCCCGUCCACACGCCGAUGGGGAUCUCGUCAGGGUAUGUGUUGGCAACUCUCUUGACUGUGUUGUCGUUUCUUUCCGUGACUUUGCAAGAUUAUGGCCAGUUCUUGACCUCCAACUUGGGUGUGAACGCCAAAUCUAUCGUCAUGGAUUGCGUGUAUCUAAAGACCCUCCAUCUGUCGGUGGGAGCGAAGCGUGCCAUGUCGUCUGGAGAAAUCGUCACGCUGUCGAGCGUGGACUCCGAACGUGUAUAUCAAGGGUACUUGGGGGGGCCGUGGGUGUUGAUGGCCCCGCUGACCCUGGUUGUCCUUUUCGUUCUCGUGGGGAUCGCGAUGGGGCCAGUCGUGGGGCUAGUAGGGGGGAUGUCCAUGGCUCUAGUGCUAUACUGGGGCUUCAUCUCGUCCAAAGCCGUGGGCGAAGUCCGCCGCCAGGUCUUGACAGUGCAAGCCGAGCGCGUGAAGCUCACGAGCGAAGUCCUUCAGGGCGUUCGGGUGGUCAAACUGUACGCGUGGGAAAGUUACUUGGAGCGUCGCAUCGACGCCAUCCGUUCCGACGAGUUGCGGUUGCUGCGGUCGUAUCAGUACCAUCGAGUGCUCAACACGAUCGUCCUCAGCAUUGCACCCGUGCUGUCGUUGGCCCUUUGCUUGGCCGUGUACGUCGCCCAAGGCUACCAACUCACCACUUCUGUGGCGUUCACGACCUUGGCCUACAUGAACGUGGCCCGAAUGCCGUGCAGCGUUUUCUCCAGCUCCGUCAUGGGUGUCUCCGAAGCCGUCGCGUCUUGUAUUCGAAUUGGCAAGUUUAUGUCACUCAACGAAGUCGUCCUUAGUGUGGGCUCUCCACUUCAAACCACCCCCAUCGAAGCCACAGUCCAGAUGCAACAUGCAAACUUCAGCUGGAACAUCGACCCCAGUGGUAGACAAGAGGCCAGCGAGAACGAAGGACCAAUGACGUUGAAGGACAUCUCGCUGACCAUCGCCCCCAACACCCUCACGAUCGUAGUGGGGCCCGUCGGUAGCGGCAAGUCCAGCCUCAUCAGCGCGCUCCUGGGAGAAAUCCACCAAGUCAGCGGAAGUCGACUCGUAACUGGACGCGUGGCGUAUGUGAACCAAGAAGCCCACUACCACUUCUUGCCCCAUGCCGAUCGCAUUCUCGUCAUGGAAGACGGCAUGAUCGUCGGGGAUGGAACGUUUGACUCGAUAAAGCAAGGGUUUCCGCAUCUCGUGAGCUUUGACCAAGGGGACGCUACAUGUCCCCAAGCGUCAGAGGUGGAAGUCACGAAAGGCAGCUCCAGCGACGAGGACAUUGAUGGUGGGGGUACAUUGAUUUCAAAAGAAGACCGCAACGUGGGUGGCGUAGCGACUGCCACGUAUGUUGCGUACUUCCACGCGAGUGGACGGAAUGGUGGGGUGGUGUUGGCGACCAUUCUCGCAGCGUACACGUUGUCGCAGGCGGAACUGACGCUGACCGAUUGGUUUAUGGGAUUCUGGUCCAGUCAUACGAGUAACAGCAACCUCACGUCUGCGUCGAUCUACGUCGUGCUCGCUGUGUUGUCGAUGGGGCUCGUGUGGGGGCGUAGCUUGCUCGUGUUGAGGCUGUCGCUUCGCUGUUCCCAGGCCAUGCAUGAAAAGCUGUUUCGCAGAGUCCUUCACGGGCCUGUGACGACGUUCUUCGACAUCACACCUGUUGGCCGCAUCCUCAAUCGGUUCUCGAGCGAUUUAGAUCAAGUCGACAGCAUGCUGCCGUUCACUGGGGUCCUCUUUCUCCAGUUUGCGUUUCAAAUCGCAGCGAUCGUCGUCGUGUGUGCUGCCACGUCACCGUUCAUGUUGGUCGUGUACGCUCCGAUUGUGUUUGGUUUUGCCAAGGUGCAGUUGUACUACAACAAGACGUCGGCCGAGCUCAAGCGCCUCGAAAGUAUGGCGCGAUCCCCCGUGCUGAAUCUCAUUGCAGAGACCGUUAACGGCCUCUCCACCAUCCGCGCCUUUGGCAUGACCGAAGUAUUCGCCCGACAGAAUCGCACCAUACUCGACCACAGCCAGAGCUUCUUCAUGCUGUAUCGCAUGUCCUCUCGUUGGAUGCAAAUGCGGCUGGACUGGCUCUCGUCUGGAAUCGUGGGCGGGGUCGCCUUCAUCGCGGUCGCGUCCAAAGCGAGCAUCGGCAUCACCGCCGCGGGACUCGCUCUCACGUACGCGGCGCAGAUGUCGUCGUUGUUGUCCCGAUUUACAUUCAAAGCAUCAACAUUGGAGAACAUCAUGACGUGCGUGGAACGGCUGGAGCAUUACAUCUCCCCCGCCAAAGACGUGGCCAUCAGUGGGAUCAAUUGA